CCAUAUGUGAUUUCCUUCCAUCGAAGCAAUGCGGUUUCUACAGAUCACCAAACAAAUGAGGGAUAAUUUGAACUUAGCUCCCUUGAGUCGAAUUCCACCGAUGUCUCGAAGGGACGAUGCUUUAACAAGUUAUUCGGGAAUGACUCAUCUAGAAUCACUGCACAUAUUCGAGAUCUUUCUCUGACAUCGAAAAUGCGUCAUGUAUUUGAUUCAAGUUGGUCAAGAAGAUACCUCUUAUAAUGUCGACCCAUCCAUCCAUUUUGACAGAUCGUUCCCAACCACCCCUUCACCAGCUGGUGCGCUCCCGAACUGCCUGACUGCAAUACUCUGUUUGCAGCUUUCGGGUGCGAUGUUGCCACUUCCGCCCCUCUCACCGGCUGAAACACUGGUUGAUUAUGAACCCAAAAAACUUUCUUAUACUCGCAGGCAUGUUCUACUAGUUAUGUUCUGUCUUGCUCAGUUUUUGGACGCCUUCAACAACUCAGCUCUCUUUUCUGCGAUCCCUGCACUCGAGGUAUCCAUGGGUAUGACUGAAAGUCAAUCCACUUGGAUCAUCAGUGCAUUCCAGUUAACUUUUGCAUCCUUCCUGCUUAUCAGUGGCCGUAUCAGUGACGUAUACAAUCCAAAAACUGCCUUCAUUGGAGGAGUAUCUGGUCUUGGUGUCAUCUCGCUGAGCGCGGGAUUUGUUGAUAACACCAUUCCGAUCAUCAUUCUCAGAGCAUUGAGCGGAAUAGCUUCUGCAAUGACAAUCCCCUCCGCCUUAACACUCCUGGUCAAAAUAUUUCCCGAUCCACUUGAACAGGCUCGGGCAAUAGGCUUGUUUGGAGGCUGUGGUUGCGUUGCUAAUGUUCUCGGUCUUCUGAUCGGUGCAAUGUUCGUCGAAUGGGCGUCUUACCAUUGGGUGUUCUGGUUUGUGGCCUUUGUGGCUGUACCAGUAGCUCUGGCAUGCGUCUUCAUCAUACCGCCACAAAUUGCAGAGACUACAGACAAUCUUGAGCAUGCAGAAGCGAAAUGGAAAUGUCUUGAUUUAGUCGGCGUAAGCAUUCUGACCGUUGCCUUAAUCUUAUUCAUCUUCGCUGUGACAUCCGGCUCCACUGAUGGUUGGGCAUCCGCAAUUGUGUUGGUCCCGCUCAUUAUAUCACUUUCAAUGGUGGUUGGUUUUUUCUACUGGGAAACACUCAUGCCGGUGGAAAAAGCUGCAAUACCACCCCGGACAUGGUUUUACCAUAACUUCUCCAUUCUAUUCGCCGUCGCAAUCAUGCCAUACCUUUGGUGGAGCACGGUGUUCACAAUUUUUACCACCUUGUGGCAAAAUGUGUUUGAGUGGUCGGUAAUAUCGUCGGCCGUACACAUGUUCCCGAUCGGUAUCGUAGCCUUCGCUAUGAGCUUCACCGGAUCACUUUCUCGCAUCUUCAGUCCGAAAUGGAUUAUUCUCACUGGUCUGUCCUUGUGCAUGGUCGCGACCAUAUUACUAGCACUCGGUGGGGGAAAGCCCCAGGAUUAUUGGCCAUAUAUCUUCCCAGCUUUUUCUCUAGGAAGUGCAGGGGUAAUGCUGACUUAUACACAUACGAACAUUGCUAUUUUUCAAGCCGCACCUUCAUCCAUGGCCGGCACAGUUGGUGCUAUAUUUAACGGCGCGCUUCAAUUUGGGUCAGCAAUUGGCCUCGCUGCUGUCAGCUCAAUAGAGACAUCUGUGGAGGCCACCCAUGGGGGUUCACACGAGUACGGUGGACGCGCCGCGACGUUUUGGUUCCUCGUUGGAGUUACCGCUCUUCAAAUCAUUUCAGUAUCAAUCUUUUACGACCGUAGUACUGACCACGUACCACAACCCAAACACAGUACCAUACAUCCUGCUCAACACAGCACGCACUUUGACGAAAAGCUUAACGAUGCGAAGGUGACCAACACGGUAGUAAACGAAAAAGCUGACCUGGCGGAUUUGCCGGUGUAGUUUAUAUUUCUUUUGAUUACUUGCCUCUUUGACUUGCCUUUGACGACCGCUUCUUUUCACGACUUAUUUCUUUCACUACUAUUUAUUUUCACGACUUGCAAGGAGAUUUGUUUUCCAUUUCGUUCUUUGGGUUUUGGGUUACGAAUAGAGGGCCGAGGCAGAACAAACUCAUCUUUUCUUUCUGGCAUACUACUACCUAUCUGGCCAUGGCUGGGCCAACCAUAUUGCAUAUAUGAAAUGUUC